AUGGCCCCCCGCCGGAUGGCCUCCCCGGGGAUGGCGUCUCUGCUUCUGCUGGUGCUGUUCGGUCGCAGCGAGGCCUUCGAGGUGCCGCGGGGCUCUGCGGCGGCUGCAGCUGGCCCUGUAAGUCAGCUCCGACCCGCAGAAGCCUCUUGGCAAGGUGCUGGAGGUGCAGAGAUGGUGGAGACGGCGGAAGAAAUCCCGCCCCCUUCGGUUCCUGACGGAACCGUUCUGAAGGCUUCGCUUCGGCCGCUGCUUCUCAGCCUCCUGCUGGGGCUCAGCGCCGGCCUUGCUCUUUCCAAGCCCGAGUCCGCGCUGGCAGCAGACUUGGAGAACGGCCAGGGCAUCUUCUUGGCCAAUUGUGCGGCGUGCCAUGCAGGUGGCAACAAUGCCGUGCAACCUGACAAGAAGCUGAAAAAGGAGGCCCUGGAAACGUACGGAAUGUUUGAUGUGGAGCGAAUAAAGUAUCAGGUCACGAACGGCAAGAAUGCCAUGCCGGCCUUCGGUGAGCGUCUUGGCCCGGAAGACAUCGAGGACGUCGCCAACUAUGUUAUUGAUCAAGCGAACAAAGGCUGGUCAUGA